AUGCCCGAUUUCGUCGGUUUCCUAGUCAGGGAUUUUGGCGCUUUAUUAGAAAAUGCCGAUGAUUACGAUACAUCGAUCAGCGUCGGACAAGGACAGCAUGCGAGGGUGUUCAGAGCACAUUCCCUUAUACUACGUGCAAGAAGUAGCUACUUUAGGAAAACUUUGAUGCAGUCGAACUCAUUCGAGCAUAUAUCUCCUUCGAUUUUUGAAGUUUUAUUGAGGUACAUGUAUACUGGAUCGAUCUCCUUGGAUGAACUGGAAGCGCCCGAGUUACUCGAUCUGCUAAUAACUGCCGAACAACUGGCAUUGGAUGACGAGCUUCUCGAUCACAUUCAGGGCCAGCUUAUCAAAGAGAAGGAAGCGUGGCUAAAAUCAAACUAUGGAGUGACAAACCAGAUUGCCUCUCAAAAUCAGAAGUUCAACAAACUACAAGAAUUCUGCCAAAUCAUCAGAAUGGAUCCCGAGAUAAUAUUUGAAUCGGAGGAUUUCUAUUCAUUGACAGAAGAAAUAGUAUUAUCACUGUUGAAGAGAGAUGAUCUCACCUUGAGUGAAGGCCAAAUAUGGUCGAGGAUAAUAGAAUGGGGAAUAGAUCAGACACAACUGUCACCUGACUAUACGAAAUGGUCACCUGACGAGUUUGCCAAAUUGGGAGAGAAAUUGCAAAAGUGCAUUCCACUCAUUAGAUUCUUCCAGAUAUCACCGAGGGACUUUGAUGUCAAGGUAUUCCCUUUCGAGAGCAUCCUACCGAAACACUUGUUUCGUGAAUUGAUCAGCCACUAUCUGAGACCGCGCUACGAACCUAGCUAUCAGGUAUUACCACCCCGUUACGGGCAGAUGAAUCCGACUAGCGUGCAUUCCGUACUGAUAAACGAAAGACAAACAGCAUGGAUCGCGUCUCAGAUCGAUAGACUCGGCGGUGCUAGUGGUACGAAAGAUGACGGAUCCGACACACAUUCUCUGCCAUACGAAGGAUCGCGUAAUCCGUACAGGUUCAGGUUACUAUUACGCGGCAGCAGAGACGGAUUUACGCCAUCGGUAUUUCAUACCUUGUGUGACGAGAAGGGUGCGACCAUUACGUUGAUAAAGGUACAUGGCACUGAUGAGCUGAUCGGCGGGUACAAUCCGAUCGAUUGGAGAUCUCCGCCGAUCGGUGAAUGGGAUUCUACCGAAGGCAGUUUUAUAUUUUCGCUGGACACCGACGAGAGCAAGAACGUUAUCAGUCGGGUAAAGUAUCCUUCAAAGGCCAUAUUUUGCGGGCCUCGAGGGCCGACGUUUGGUGGUGACAUAUUAAUAGCGGAUUUAGGGUUAUGGGGUAAUGAUUUCAAGCGCGAGAAAAGGUGUUGUUGCAUUGUUGAUUCAUAUGAAAAGGCUAUUAGGUCUACGCACGUAACGUUUUCGGUUGAUGAGUAUGAAGUAUUUCAAGUUGUAAGAAAAGCUAAACAUAGAAGAUCUAGAACUUUUUAUCCAAAGAGGUGA